GAGAAAACCAAUCCCAUGGAGGCUGUGGGUGUGGUCUGUAAGGUGGCUGAGCGUUAUCAGGUGGUGGAGUACAGUGAGAUCACUUUGGCAACUGCCGAGAAGAGAAGCAGUGAUGGACGGCUGAUGUUUAAUGCAGGAAAUGUAGCAAAUCACUUCUUCACAUUGUCCUUCCUCCAAGACAUCGUACAGAAAUAUGAGCCACAGCUGCAGCACCACGUGGCCCAAAAGAUCCAGUAUGUAGAUCACCAGGGGUAACAGAUCACCCCUCACAAACCCAACAGCAUGGAAAAG